AUGCUGAAGGCCACGAAGAACAGUUAUGAGUACGAUAAGAGUAAAUUGGAUUGGGAUCCGAGUCAGAAGAGUCCGACCUACAAGGACAGGAGUAGUAUGAAGAAGAAGAGGGAGAGAGGGGUACGCUUGCCGCCGAAGAGUACGUUGGGCGGGUUUAUAGUAGACGAUAACAAUUGUGAUGAGGAGGAAGAAGAGGAGGGAGAUGAUGAUAUGUUAGAGAGUGGUGUGGCAGCUCCUUGUUCUCGUAAGAAGGGUUCGGCUUUAGCUUCUGGUACAAGUCGUAGUAGAGGUGGCUUGUAA